AUGUUAGUCUCCCUGCUGGGGAUUCUGGAAAUGGUGUUUGCGGGCGGGCCCGAGGUCGGUGGGGAGGAGGACCUCACGAGGCAUGUUAAUGUUUUUCAAGGCACGACGAAGGGGGGCAACAGGUUCCCGGGCGUAGUCGCGGCGCCGUUUGCGAUGGUCAAGCUUGGGCCGGAUGUAAUGAAUGGGCGGCACGAUGCGUAUAGUGGGUACUUGCCUGAGGGGAGGGUUUGGGGGUUCUCGAUGAUGCAUGAGUCUGGGACGGGCGGGGCGCCGAAAUACGGUGUCGUAUCGCAGAUGCCAGUCGUGGGAGACAUCGCCAAUCCACUGCUCGACCUCUCACAAGACCGCGCAGUUCCAGACGAAGCAGAAAUAGGGUACUAUAAAUCGUCACUGGCCAAUGGAGUCGCUGUCGAGCUGUCAGCCACGCAACAUGCUGGAUUGUAUCGUUACACGUUUUCGAAGACCAACACCUCACUGUUUGGAAAUAGCAGUAGUAGCAACAUGCAUUCGAUUGUGGUGGAUGUGUCGCACGUUCUUCCAAGCUUCCGCAGGUUCGGAUGGGAACAACACUACUCGGGAGGUGAAUUCGAGUAUGACGCUACGGAUGGCCAUUACCAAGGAUUCGGGACGUAUAAUAAUGGAUGGAAUCUCUCGCCUGACUGGAACAUCUAUUUCUGUGGACGGUUUAGUAAAGAGCCGGAGAGCUGGAAGAUAUUUAAAGGGACUAAUAGUUCUGGGGAGACAUUAGCCGAGUACGGAUCCAACGAGAAGGUCUCUGGUACGCAGCGUCUUGGAGGAGUUUUCACCUUCAAAGAGAGGGAGCUGAGGUCUCGUGUGGGGAUAUCAUUUCUGUCGACUGAACAGGCGUGUGAGAAUCUUGAUCGGGAGAUUAGCACAGAAACGACAAUAGAAGAGUUGGCGAGCACAGCGAAGUCAACCUGGAAUGCGGAGGUGCUGAACAAGAUUCAGGUGGAAGGGGCCACGGAGGCGGAUACCAAGUUGCUAUACAGUUCACUACUAGGCAUGUUCUUGAUUCCGUCAAAUAGGACGGGGGAGAAUGCCGCGUGGGAUGGUACAGAGCCGUACUAUGAUGAUGUUUUCACGCUGUGGGAUACGCAUCGAUGUCAAACAUCACUUUUCCAUAUCGUGAACCCGACAGCAUACGAAGAAUUCAUCAGAUCACUCAUCGACAUCUGGCGCCACGAUGGCUUCAUGCCAGACGCCCGAUCUUCCAACUUCAACGGACGCGUUCAGGUCGGCUCGAAUGCUGACAAUGUACUCGCGGACGCAUAUGUGAAGAAUGUCCGAGGCGCCGUGAACUGGCACAACGGCUUUCUGGCGAUGCAGACUGACGCUGAAAUCGCACCACCGCCGAACAACGACCCCAUGGCACCAGAUUCAUCCACGAAGGAAGGCCGUGGCGCGCUUCCCGACUGGCUGAAGUACGGCUACAUCACACCCGCAUACACACGCAGCGUGUCCCGUGCAAUCGAAUACUCCAACAACGACUUCGGCCUCUACCAGAUGGCGCAGGGGCUGGGCUACGACGACGAUGCAGCGAAGUACCUCAACCGCUCGCGCAACUGGCGCAAUCAUUGGAACCCACGUGCCGAGUCGAAUAAUCACACUGGAUUCAUGGUCCCACGUCUCGCAAAUGGCUCCUUCGUUGAUCAAGAUCCUUUAUCGUGUGGAGGAUGCUACUGGGGCGAUGCCUACUAUGAAGAUAAUCCUUGGAUCUAUAGCCUCAACGCCUUACACGACAUUGCACGCUUGAAGGCUCUUUCUGGGGGUGAUGAGAAGUUCGUUGACCGCGUGGAUAAGCUGUUCGAUCUAAAUAUCUUCAAUGCGGGGAACGAGCCCGGCUUCACAUCGCCAUUCCUAUACAAUUUCGUUCCGGGGAUGCAGUGGAAGAGUGUAGAGAGGUCUAGGAGGGAGAUUGGGAGGUUGUAUAGUGCGGAGCCUGGGGGUCUUCCGGGGAAUAGCGAUGGCGGGGCCAUGGAGAGUAACAUCAUUUGGCAGAUGAUAGGUCUAUGGCCUCUGACAGGCCAAACCACAUUCCUCAUUCUCUCCCCAUGGUUCCCUCGCAUGACCAUCGACCUGGGCACCGGAAAGACAUUGACGAUCACGACGACGGGAGGCGACAAGGAUACGGCAUUCUACGUGCAGAGCUUGAAGGUCAAUGGAGAGGAAUGGAACCAAUCGUGGGUAUCUUGGCAGGAUGUGUUUGAGGAUGGGGGAAAGAUGGAGUACGUGCUUGGUGCGGAGCCGAGGGCUUGGGGAAGCGAAGUGCCACCGAGUCCAGCGUCUGGUGAUGGUUGA